GAGCGGCUCCAUUGGCUGCCUGCUUGCCAGAGCCACGAGUUGGGGAACCGGCGGCGGCUGGGCCUGCCGGAGCUUCGCGGGGCUGCUUCUGGCCCCGGCUAGCCGACGAUGGGGUCUCAGGUCGGGGAGCCGCCGCCCGAGCCGCCGCCUCCGGUUGAUCUUUACAGGGACACGUGGGUGCGCUACCUGGGCUAUGCAAAUGAAGUUGGAGAGUCCUUCAGGGCCAUUGUGCCUGUCUCGUUGGUCUGGACAAGCUACGGGGUGGCAACAGCCUAUGUGACAGCGGAUGCCAUUGAUAAGGGCAAGAAAGCACUGGCUGCAAAGUCCUGCCAGGAAGGUCGGACCACGCGAGCGGCUGUGGCAGUUGUGGACACAUUCAUAUGGCAGGCUCUGGCUUCUGUGGUCAUUCCUGGCUUCACCAUUAACCGCCUCUGUGCGGCCUCCCUCUACCUCAUGAGCAGCAUGACCCGCUGGCCCCUCUUUGUUAGAAAAUGGGCGACCACAGCUGUCGGCCUCUCAGCAAUUCCCUUCAUCAUUAAACCCAUUGACAGGUCAGUGGAUUUUUUGAUGGACUCCAGCCUUCGCAAACUCUAUAGCACUGAAGAGAAACCAUCUUCUUCUUUCUGAUGUGUCUGCCACUGUCUCAGAUGGCAAAAUAUACACUGGAUCAGCUACAUUCAUUGACUGCUACAGUGCCCCCUAGCCUAUAUGUGGCUUUGACUUUCAAAGGUUGAAAUCUAACUUAGUGGGAACUGGAAAAGAAUCCUGCAGCACUAUACCAGCCUGGUGCUGGGAAGAGGCAGACAUCGGGCACAGACUAUUCUUCCUGUUGUUCAUACACCUGUGAUGAGACUGGGGUGAGGGGUCAUGGGUCCAUGGGACUGCACAGCAUUUCAAGACUUACGUGUUGUCUUCAUCAGGUACCAGAAUCAGAUAAUGGGCCGGGUUGUGGUGGUAGCUGUUCCCCAUUACAACAUGAGUUCAUUUAGUGAAAGAUCUGUUAUCUAUUAUGCACCGUGAAACCCUGAAAUUUGGUGGCUAAUUGCACUAACUAUUGCAAACUUCAGCAGAAUCACAGUCUGCUAUCACAGUCUCAGUAUUGCUUAUUAGAUGACAGUCCCCCCGCAGCCCCUCCGAGGUGGAAGUUUCUUGUUCUUUAUCCACCAUAAUAAAAUCUGUACUUGAAAUCUGAA